GGGGAGGAUCAAGUCCUUCGUUAUAAUUCACGGUUGUGACUUCCUCGUCAAGUUUCUUCAUGAUCUAUUUGCUCCAGGAAUUGCUCUUGAUUUUAUCCUCAUCUUGAGGUUUUUUUUACAUGAGCACAGCAUCUUCUGCCUGUGUAAAUUUAUUGUUAAAAUAGUUUCAUUCUGCUCUAUCACAUACCAUUAUUAUCUUAUUAAUUAACUAAAAGUCAUUAAUGAAAUUAUUCUUGCAAUGUAAAUUUAUUGGAAAAGAUGCUGACAGUGGUUAUAUUUAAGUCAUGCAAAGACAAAAUUGAUGAGCAUUUAUGAUUUAGACUUGCUGUAAUGGAUGAUUUCUAAGAAAUGUCCAGUAAGCUGGGCAUAUUCUUUAUCGCAACAGAUCUCCUAAACUUAUUACCAGUGUUAAUACCAGUAUUUUCAUACAAGUUAUUUAUUUACAACGCCCCUUUUGUUGUUUGUUGUGUCGGUGGUAUAACUUCAAACAGGCAAUGUUCUUCAGGCCAAAGAUUAAAUUAUUGGGAUAUUUAAAUGGUCCCUGGGUUAUAAUACUGACAAAUUGAUUCCAAAGUGCACUCUCCAACAAAAAUAUUAUUUUUAUGAUAACGCUUGGUAAUCUCUUUCAAGCGUCAAUGCUGCAAUUUGUGUGCAGUUAGUCUGUGCGUCGUAAACUUUAACGGCUGGUUAUCAAGACUAUCUCUUCCCUGGGUUAUCGGUCAAAGGUCGCACUAUUAGGUGACGUCACGUGUGAAGCCGACAUUUUGUGAAGACGAAUGCGUCGUUUACUGUCACAAUUUUCUCGGUUUAAAAGCAAUUAAAAUGCACGAAAUAUUGAAAAGGAAAGGAAAUCUUCUAUAGUUGAAUCAUGUCCGAGUUAUUCCGAUCAGCACUGGGCCUUCUUGGCGGUGGCCAAGGCGACAGAGGAAGCGAAUUCGUCGGGUCUCAGGUGGAGCUGGGGGACACGAAAUUGCGUGUGAAGAAAGUCAUAGCGGAAGGUGGUUUUGCCUUUGUGUUUGUUGCUACUGACAGUUCAGGAAAGGAAUAUGCAUUGAAGAGACUUCUCGCAAAUGAUGAUGAAAAAUCCAAAGUGAUCCUACAGGAAAUAUCUAUUCUGAAAAAACUAUCUGGUCAUCCAAACAUCGUCCAGUUUCUGUCGGCAGCCUCGAGUGGCAAGGAGGAGUCUAAUAAUGGUCAGUCAGAAUACCUAGUCCUGAUGGAGCUAUGCCCUGGUGGUGGUCUAGUUGAAGCCAUACAGGCUAAGGGAUCACCACUCAGCUGUGAUGAGGUCCUACAGAUCUUCUUCCAAUCAUGCCGGGCCGUCGGUCACAUGCACAGACAGAAACCACCAAUAACACACAGGGAUCUCAAGUUGGAGAAUCUUCUGAUCGGUGCGAAGGGAACAGUAAAACUGUGUGACUUUGGAAGUGCAACAACCAAGUCCUACCAUCCAGAUGAGACAUGGACUUCACUAAAGAGAAGCUUACUGGAAGAUGAGUUGGCUCAUCACACCACGCCAAUGUAUCGUACUCCAGAGAUGCUGGACCUAUACAGUAACUACCCAAUUGACGAAGGCAUGGACAUAUGGGCCCUUGGCUGCAUCCUGUACAUGCUGUGUUACGGCCAGCACCCAUUUGAGGAUUCUGCCAAAUUGAGAAUUAUCAACGCCAACUACACGAUACCAGAAUCAGACAAGGAGUACGAAGUCCUGCAUGAAUUAAUACGUGCAAUGCUGCAGGUGGAUCCACGCAACCGACCGCCCAUCUCUGUCAUCCUGGCUCAGAUUCAGGAGAUUGCUGCAGCCCGGGUCACAGUCCUCAAGGGUCCGUUAAUGUUUCUGACUAACAGGAAUACUAGUACUACACCAGCCAGCCCUGCAAGGAGACCUACUGAAAACUCAAGUAACUCUGCAGAUUCGUCAGACUCUGCCAACGGGAGCAGCUUCCUAGGGAUGAUGAAGGAUGGAGCAGGUAGUCUCUUCAAGAACAUCAAAGACACGUCUAGUAAAAUGGCACACACUGUAGCAAGUUAUGCCAAGGCUGAGUUGGACCUAAACUACAUCACAUCACGCAUCAUAGUGAUGUCAUACCCAGCCGAGGGUCUGGAGUCUGCCUACAAGAAUCAUAUUGAUGAUGUCAAGACCUAUCUAGACUCUAGAUAUAACAACCAUUACUAUGUCUUCAAUCUCACGCAAAGGUUUUACAGAAAGGAGAAAUUCAACAACAGAGUGUUGGAGUGUGGCUGGGUUGCUAAGAGAGCUCCUAGUUUGGUUCUUCUCUAUACUGUCUGUAGGAACAUGUAUCUCUGGCUUCAGAAAGAUCCUAAGAAUGUCUGCGCUGUCCACUGCCUUGAUGGCAAGGCAUCAUCUGCAACCAUCAUCUCCUCGUUCUUUGGUUUCUGCCGUUUCUUCAAGACGACGGAAGCUAGUCUGUAUAUGUUCACCAGCAAGCGAGGUCCACCUGGGGUCAUCUCCUCACAGAAACGAUACAUGGAGUACAUCUGUGACAUGAUGGAUCCUGAGUAUCCCCUCAUACCCCAUGAGAAACUCCUGAAGAUCAAGACUGUGUCACUGAUGCCAGUUCCUCUCUACAACAAACAGAGAAACGGAUGUCGUCCAUUUGUGGAGCUGUAUAUUGGAGAGGAGAGGAUACUCAGUACGUCACAGGAAUAUGAAAAAAUGAAGGGUUAUGUCGUGGAGGAUGGCUGGGCCGAGAUAUCAAUAGAUAGAAUGAUCUAUGGCGAUGUCAUGUGUAUGGUGUAUCAUGCUAGGUCAACCUUUGGAGGCAAAGUCCAGGGCAAGGUGACUGCUAUGAAGAUGUUUCAGUUCCAGUUCCAUGCUGGUUUCGUGCCAGUUGGAUCGCAAACCAUCCAGUUCUCAAAGUAUGACGUUGACCUGAUGGAACAACCAGACAAGUUCCCCGACCUGUUCAAUGUGACGCUAAGGAUAGAGUUCCUGGAUAGGACGGCCAAACCGGACAAGGAACCUCCAUGGGCGACCUUUGAGACACAACGGAUCACGCCCAAAUACUGCUUCAGUAAUAAGGAAGAACAGGAUAGUGUGGUCUCACAGUUUGGACACAUGGAUGCUAAUGCGCAGGAGAGAAAAACCAAGGAAAGAACAGCUGGAGGGGCCUCUAAACAGCAACAGCAGGAGCAAGCCCAGCCAGAUCCCACUGCUGCCACCAAUAAGAAGGCAGAGUUCAUGUCAGCAGUAAACUGGCAGGAAGAAGAGGCUAAGGAAACGCUCAUUGAGUCAGAUGAAGAUUUCAGCGAGUUUGGUGCAGAGCGGGUUCAAGGACGUAAUCCAGACCCUACUGCAGCAAACGGCGAGGGAUCCAGUCAUGAUGAUUUCUUUGCCGCUUUCGAUCAAGAAAUUGCUGGCGCAAGCUCAGAGGCACAGCCCUCACAGGAGCCACUGUUUGAUGCCAGGUUCUCUCCUGUGCGGUCCACAAACCCGUUGCAAGCCUCUGAUAACGUUGACUUGUUGAACAUUGGUGGCAGUGGCCCACCUGAGAAUGGGUCUAUGGCAGCAGCAGGGGCAGCUAAACCUGAUGUUAACAAUGUAGACCUGAUGAAUCCAGGUCCAUCUGAUCCAAGUAACCUAGACCUUCUAGUAGACCCCAUGGCGGCAGAAUCACUCAAGUUUACUGGAGGCAGCCCCAAGCACAGUCUGUCAGGUGAUGCCUUUGAUCCAUUCCAACAGCCUACAAAACCAGUCGGCAAAAAUGCAACACAUCCACCAACUCGUUCACAUUCAGCAAAAGCAGCCCCCACGUCCAAACAAGAGGAUUUCUUUGACCCAUUCAAAGCUUCAUCGACCAGCAACGGUACAGAGAAAGCCUCACCCCAGAAGCAGGUGCUUUUUGACAUCGGUGAUGGCGGUAACGACCUGUCGUUUGAUCCAUUCAGUAGUGGGAAGGGUGCACCAUCAGAUGGGCACUUGUCACCACCGCAAGUUGCCAAUCUUCAAAACAUGUCCAAGAUGUCCCACAGCAGUGAUAACCUGAUGGGUGACUUUAGCAACUUAACAGGAGCAACACUGUCUUCGCCACAAAAGACCAGACCGACACUUAAGCAGAGUCGUAGUGGGCCCAACUUGGCUGCAGCAUGGGAUGCCACAUCCCUACCUACAACCCAGGCCACACCUAUGGGCAGACCCCAGGGGAUGGGAAUGGGCCAGACAGCAGGUGGCACGCCCACACACCAAGCCAAGCCCACAGCCUCAAGUUCUAAUGACCCAUUUGCUGCUUUUGGGAAUAUUGGCUCCAACGUUCCCCAAGGAGGAACAAGUUCCCAGUCCUCAUCGUUCGGUUCCUGGCAACCCAAAGCUCCUACUAGCCAUGGUGUAUCAGCCUCGCCUAAACGUCAACCCAACCCAGCACCCCAAGGGGCCAAAAUACCACCCCCACAGACCCAACAGCAGCAAGCCAAGCCCAACUAUUAUGCUGGUGGGUUCUCUAGUGUGAUUGGAGGGCGUGAGGAGAGAGGAAAACGCACACCAUUUGCUACAGCAGGGACUGGGCCGACAAAGAGAAGUGACUUUGAAGACUUACUGUCAUCACAAGGGUUUGAGUCCACAUCAAAGAAAGAUGAGCAUAGAACAAUAAAUGACAUGAAGAAGGAAGACUUGGUCAAAGAAAUGGACCCAGACAAACUCAAGAUUAUGGAAUGGACACAAGGGAAAGAGCGUAACAUCCGAACCUUGAUAUCCAGUCUGCACUCAGUACUAUGGGAUGGGGAAACUCGAUGGAAACCAGUAGGAAUGCAUCAGUUAGUCACUCCUAAUGAGGUAAGAUGCUUAGGGUUGAGAUGAGGGGAGAUGUAGGGGGUAACAUCCGAACCUUGAUAUCCAGUCUGCACUCAGUACUAUGGGAUGGGGAAACUCGAUGGAAACCAGUAGGAAUGCAUCAGUUAGUCACUCCUAAUGAGGUAAGAUGCUUAGGGUUGAGAUGAGGGGAGAUGUAGGGGGUAACAUCCGAACCUUGAUAUCCAGUCUGCACUCAGUACUAUGGGAUGGGGAAACUCGAUGGAAACCAGUAGGAAUGCAUCAGUUAGUCACUCCUAAUGAGGUAAGAUGCUUAGGGUUGAGAUGAGGGGAGAUGUAGGGGGUAACAUCCGAACCUUGAUAUCCAGUCUGCACUCAGUACUAUGGGAUGGGGAAACUCGAUGGAAACCAGUAGGAAUGCAUCAGUUAGUCACUCCUAAUGAGGUAAGAUGCUUAGGGUUGAGAUGAGGGGAGAUGUAGGGGGUAACAUCCGAACCUUGAUAUCCAGUCUGCACUCAGUACUAUGGGAUGGGGAAACUCGAUGGAAACCAGUAGGAAUGCAUCAGUUAGUCACUCCUAAUGAGGUAAGAUGCUUAGGGUUGAGAUGAGGGGAGAUGUAGGGGGUAACAUCCGAACCUUGAUAUCCAGUCUGCACUCAGUACUAUGGGAUGGGGAAACUCGAUGGAAACCAGUAGGAAUGCAUCAGUUAGUCACUCCUAAUGAGGUAAGAUGCUUAGGGUUGAGAUGAGGGGAGAUGUAGGGGGUAACAUCC